CAGGAAGGAUCAUGGCCCAAUCUCUAAUCCUAAUUAACUUUAUCCUUUUCUUCUUUGCUGCCUUCCUCCUCUAUCGUUACAGCAACAUCUUCAGAUAUUACUUCAGGAUUCAUUAUAUAAAUGGUUGGAUGUUUCUCUGGUCUAUUGUCUUGGUUCCUGUUCUAGUGCUCCGGGGACGAAAUGUGGCAAACAUGAAAAUUCUUCGCUUCGUCAUGCUGCCUUUGAAAUACAUCAUUGGCAUUAAGAUCAAUGUGCAGGAUGCUACAUACUUAAACCUGAAAGGGCCCUAUGUCAUUGUUGCCAAUCAUCAGAGCAAUGUGGACUUCCUUGGGAUGUUUCAGAUCUUGCCAGACCGGUGCACCUUACUUGUCAAGAAGGAGAUCUUAUACUAUUUCACUGUUGGCAUUGUCUCCUGGCUUAGUGGCUUUAUUUUCAUUGACCGCAAAAAGAAAGAUGCAACCAUCAAGGUCAUGUCAGGAGCAGCGGACAGCAUCGUUCGGGACAAUCUGCGAAUCUGGAUAUUCCCUGAAGGGACUAGAAGUUACAGUACCACCAUACUGCCCUUCAAAAGUGGGGCCUUCCAUCUCGCUGUGAAAACCCAGGUGCCAAUAAUUCCCGUGGUUAUGUCUUCCUACUUGCCGUUCUUCAACACAAAGUUGAAAAAAUUCUCAACAGGGGAAGUGACGAUCAAGAUUCUUCCGCCAGUGAAGACAGAAGGGUUGAGUCCAACUGAUGUACCUGAACUAACAGAGCGUGUACGGGAGACCAUGCUUUCCACCUUCCAUGAGCUACCAGGAAGUCCUGGAAAGCAAUCUUGCAGCACCAAAGAAGAUGCCUGCCAAGGCACCAGUGGCCAGGAUUCUUCGUAGAUAGUCCUCCUCCUGCACAAUGUGUUUCCCUUACUGGGCAUAGUGUAGAAGACUGUAUUUCUCACAAUAUUCAAAAGGAUCCCUCCAGAAGCUCUGCAAGCCUUCAGUUAUUCAACUAUAAAGUUAUGGAGUCUGUGUGUGUGUGUAUGUAUGUGUGUGUGUGUGGUGUGUUGCACUUUAUGGCCACCAAGCCUCAGUGGGUGGAGAAGGAGAUGCUUUUUUUCUUUUUCUUUUUUGCAACCAGUCACUUGAUUUGGCAAUUGGACAACAGAUUCUUUUUAAAGAGCUAUCCUCUAAUUUGUUGGAGGAUGCUCAAUGGUCACGUGAAACUGAGUCUGAGAGAAGUGUGUGUGGCUUCCCCUGUUCCUUCCCUGUUCCUUUCAUUUACAAUUAGAUAAAACUGGAGAACCAAAGAGUACCUAGCAGUUGCCUGUUACCAAAUACAGUAUAAAUAAAAUAUAGCAAAGAAAAUUCACUUUGCAAAUGAAAUUCUAAUUUGGCAAAUGGGUUGGCAAAUGAAAUAAAAAAGCUGACCUUAAUUUCACUACAUUGGGCCUUGCAGUGACUUCAUAAUUUAUCUACUUGCCUUUAACAGCUCAGAGUCUUAUCGCACUAAAAAGGAAAGCCAAAACAGACCUGGAGAGUAGCGUUUUUUGCCAUGCUUCAGUUCUCUUCUUGCAGGAAAUAGUAAUUAAAGAGUGUCUUUUGUCAAAUAUUUUUUUCCAUCUAGACAAAAGACUCAUUUUGACAACCAUCUCCUGCAGAAAGAGAACUGAAGCACUACAAUUUCAUUCGGUAAGGCAUAGAGAAAUUUGCUGUUUGGCUCAGUUUUGGCUUUCUGUUCUGGUAUAAUAAGCUCUUAGGCUGCCAGAUAAGAAAAGCUGUCUCUGAGAUCAGGGGUCUAAAAUUGUGGUGACACAACAGCAACUGGUACUCACCAUACAUCCAGUACAAGCUCCUUCAUACAGAAGGCCAGUCAAAAUAUUUGGGCACAUAAAACAAACAAAAAAAAUAUCCAACAGGCAUUCUUUGCUGGUAGAUGAAAUCAGUUUGCUACCCAUUCUUGACGCUGAAAAUGUCAAAAUGUUGCCUGAUCUGGCUGCUUCACUUUGCCCAGUGGUAGAAGGCUGAGGGACACCCACACUUUAUGGUUACACAGGAGUUUAUCACAUGGGAGGAAUUUCUCUUAAUUUUGAAU